GGUUUGAAGUAUGGUGUAGACUAUUCGGAGCCGAAGAAUCGAAGAACGUUACGGUAUGGCGGAAUAAUCAUACUUACUGAUCAGGACGAGGAUGGAUCUCAUAUCAAGGGUUUGAUUAUCAAUUUCCUUCACACAUUUUGGCCACAACUGCUUCGUAACGGAUUUGUGCAGUCAUUUAUGACUCCUCUAUUGAAAGCUGAUCUCAUGGGCAGCAAGAGAUUUACCACCGUGGAUUUCUUACCAACGACUCUUUCCACCAUAAAGAAAGCAGGGUUCAUCAAUAGUUCUCCAUUACGGGCUUCACGCAUUCGCUCGCCUAUCUCGUCAGUUCCCGUACAUUUCGAAAGGCAGCGUCUCGUAACCGAAAUCGAACCUAAUGUCACGCACCUAUCCGUUAUAGGUACCUCAACGUCGAAAGAAGCACGUGAGUACUUCUCAAACUUUGAAAAGCAUUUGGUACAGUUUCGACACGAGGAUGACAAUGAUGAUUUACGGAUUCGACUUGUGUUUGACAAACGCCGAUCGGACGAUAGAAAGCGGUGGAUCAGCGAGCGGCUUGCAGCAGCCAACCAGGAAAGUACUGCUGACGCUCCCUCUUCGAAUGACACCACCUACAAGGAGUUCGUCGAUAAUGAACUCUUCCGCUAUUCCCUUUUGGAUUUAAGGCGCUCGAUACCUUCUGUUGUGGACGGAUUAAAACCUUCUCAACGCAAAGUGAUCCACACCUUAUUGCGACGGGCUUCGAAUAAAGAGAUCAAAGUGAAUCAACUAGCAGCUGCUGUUGCCCUCAACGAAGCCUAUCAUCAUGGGGAGGCCUCCUUGGUAACAACUAUUGUACGCCUUGCUCAAGACUUCGUUGGAAUGAACAAUGUGUGUCUGCUUGAGCCACUGGGCCAGUUCGGUACGCGACAUGAAGGGGGCGACGAUGCGGCAAGUGCUCGUUAUAUCUACACCAAGCUGACGCCAGUUACCCGACUGAUAUUCCCACCAGCGGAUGAUGAGCUUCUCCAUUACUUGGAAGAGGAGAAUCAGCUGAUUGAACCUGAGUGGUACUGUCCAAUUAUUCCAAUGAUACUGGUAAAUGGAGCUGAAGGCAUAGCCACCGGUUGGUCUACACGCGUGUUGAGCCAUGACAUCAAGAAAAUAAUCGACAAUGUUCGAAGGCUAAUUGAAGGGGCGGAGUUGGCAAAAAUGGUACCGUCAUUCUCGGAUUUUUCCGGGACUGUACAGGAAGUCGAGGAAAAUAGGUUCGAAAUCCAUGGAAAAUAUACAUUUCCACGUUCACAACGCAAGAAUGCUUCGAGUUUUUGCCUCGAAAUCGUCGAGCUGCCUGUAGGUGAAUGGACCAAUAGGUACAAGCAGAAUAUACUCCAUCCGCUGCAAACGAAAGGUGUGAUCAGGAUAACAAACAGCAGUGUUACAGUGGCUUCAAAGAAUAUCACACGGAAAGACGAGUGCGAUUCGUUAGUGGAAUUGAGCAAAGAAUUUUCCGCGCGAUGUCGACGAGCAGUCGGACGUUAUGGCGAGCUGAUGAAGACGUUCAAAUUGUCUUCGGUGAUCUCAAGUAAUUCCAUGGUGCUGUUCGAUCCUGUGGGCCGUUGGAAACACUAUGCAACUACGCAGACAUAA